GAUACGGAACCGUUUGGUGUCUGACGGGAGGGCUUUCGCUCUCGAGAGUCUCCUUUGCGUGUAUUCUAAGCGUUUUCACUCCAUGGUCUCUGCGCUUGCUUGCUUGGCAUUUUUUUAAUGGAAUUUAUGGAUUUGAUAACAUCGGUUGGUGGCGGUGGUUCCUGUCUAUAUAAGCGCUUUGGAUCUCGAGGGUUUCUUCGAGCCUUCCUCAGACCAAAAUAAGCAUAUUUAUUAUUUGUCAAUCCAAGAUUUAAAAAGGGAAUCCGAGCAAUGGCGAAGGAAUUGUCCAAUGGGGUGUCAAAGCCGCCUCCGAUGCCUUCUCCACUGCGGAAUUCCAAAUUUUUUCAGUCCAAUAUGCGAAUCUUGGUGACUGGGGGUGCUGGAUUCAUCGGUUCGCAUCUGGUGGACAAGUUGAUGGAGAAUGAAAAGAAUGAGGUAAUUGUUGCUGACAACUUUUUCACUGGUUCAAAGGACAAUCUCAGAAAAUGGAUUGGUCAUCCAAGAUUCGAGCUGAUUCGUCAUGAUGUCACGGAGCCAUUGCUGGUAGAGGUUGAUCAAAUCUAUCAUCUUGCUUGUCCUGCCUCUCCAAUUUUCUACAAAUACAACCCUGUGAAGACAAUAAAGACAAAUGUGAUUGGCACCCUAAACAUGUUGGGACUUGCAAAGCGGGUUGGAGCAAGGAUUUUGCUGACAUCUACCUCAGAAGUUUAUGGUGAUCCCCUUGAGCAUCCUCAGAAGGAAGAGUACUGGGGAAAUGUUAACCCAAUUGGAGUCAGGAGCUGCUAUGACGAGGGGAAGCGUGUGGCAGAGACUUUAAUGUUUGACUAUCAUAGGCAGCAUGGAAUCGAGAUUCGAAUUGCUAGAAUUUUUAACACCUAUGGACCACGCAUGAACAUUGAUGAUGGCCGUGUUGUCAGCAACUUCAUAGCUCAAGCACUUCGUGGUGAACCCUUAACAGUUCAGGCACCUGGAACACAAACCCGAAGUUUUUGUUAUGUUUCUGAUAUGGUUGAUGGACUUAUCCGGCUGAUGGAAGGAGAUAAUACAGGCCCUAUCAACUUGGGGAACCCUGGUGAAUUUACGAUGAUGGAACUUGCUGAGAAUGUGAAGGAGUUGAUUGAUCCCAAUGUGCCUGUGAAAAUAGUGGAGAAUACGCCUGAUGAUCCACGCCAAAGGAAACCAGACAUCACAAAAGCGAAGGAGCUACUAGGAUGGGAGCCCAAGAUUAUAUUGCGCCAGGGCCUUCCUCUCAUGGAAGAGGAUUUCCGACAGCGUCUUGGCGUGCCAAAAAAAGCAUAACCUCUAGCAUCAAUUCUUCCUUUAGAAUUGAAGCUUGUUAAAAGCAUUCUGCGUCACAUGCCUUUUUCAUGUUAGAAUAAACGUUUGCUCAUCAGCUUUAAAUUUUACACUUUGUGGUUCGUGAAAAAGAAUUUAAAAAACAAAAAGUAGUAGUUGUAUGAUUAAUAUGCUUUCUUUUUUUAAGAGGUCAUUUCAGUUAUUGGAUUAUGUGAGGACUUAUUUUUCCAGCAAAAUGACUAAGGAAAAUAAAGGUUAUUCUAGCUAUUUCUCA